AUGGCGGCCUCGAACAACCCGCGGAAAUUCAGCGAGAAGAUCGCGCUGCACAACCAGAAGCAGGCGGAGGAGACGGCGGCCUUCGAGGAGGUCAUGAAGGACCUGAGCCUGACCCGCGCGCACCGGUUACAGCUGCAGAAAACCCAAUAUUUGCAACUGGGACAGAGUCGUGGCCAGUACUAUGGAGGGUCGCUGCCAAAUGUGAAUCAGAUUGGAAACAGUGCCAUGGAUCUGCCCUUCCAGCACAACGGAGCUUUGGCAGAAGCCUUUGGAGCAGUUCCUGUCUCUUUGACUCCUUUUCAGUCGUCUGGGUUGGACACGAGCAGAACGACUCGGCACCACGGUCUGGUGGACAGAGUAUAUCGCGACAGAAACCGCCUGGGAUCUCCCCAUCGCCGCCCCCUCUCCGUGGAUAAACAUGGAAGACAAGUGGAUAGUUGUCCRUAUGGGACUGUGUAUCUGUCACCUCCAUCCGAUACGAGCUGGAGAAGGACAAAUUCCGAUUCUGCCCUGCACCAGAGUACUAUGACUCCAACUCAACAAGAGUCCUUUUCGGGAGGAUCACAAGACAUGCAGCAGAAAAGAGUUUUGUUACUGACUGUCCCUGGAAUGGAGGAAACCACCUCAGAGGCAGACAAAACCCUCUCCAAGCAAGGAUGGGACACUAAAAAGACAGGAUCUUCAAGACCUAAAUCAUGUGAAGUUCCAGGAAUCAACAUCUUUCCAUCAGCCGACCAAGAAAACACUACCACGCUGAUUCCUGCUACACAUAACACGGGUGGCUCCCUGCCAGACCUGACCAACAUCCAUUUCCCUUCUCCUCUCCCAACACCAUUGGAUCCUGAGGAAUCCACAUUCCCAGCCCUCAGUAGCUCCAAUAGUACUGGAAAUCUUGCUGCCAACCUGACUCACUUGGGCAUCAGCACUGCCAAUCAGGGAAUGACAACAACGCCAGCCCCGUCCCAGCAGCACCGUCAGCCGACCGUCAGCCCCCUGUCCUUGAGUGCAGACUCCCGGCGACCACAGUCACAGCAAAUGUCUCCUACGCUUUCCCCCUUGUCACCAAUUACUCAGGCCGUGGCUAUGGAUGCAUUGUCUCUGGAACAGCAGCUUCCCCCAUACCCGUUUUUCACCCAGACAACUUCACAGCAACAGCAGCAGCCCCAGGUGGCCAGUACCCUGCCUCAGAACACCCCCUUAAUGCAGACCUCGGGUCUCCAGCGAGGGACCCAGCUCCCCCCUCUCUCUGUCACGGUACCUUCCACCAUCCCGCAGUCGCCUCCGGGGAGCCAGAGCCAGCCCUCCAUGGGAAUAGACAUCAACUCGGCUUCACUCCAGCAGUACCGCAGUAAUGCUGGAUCCCCAGCCAACCAGUCUCCCACCUCUCCUGUCUCCAAUCAAGGCUUCUCUCCUGGCAGCUCCCCUCAACAUUCUUCCAUUCUGGGCAGUGUAUUUGGUGACUCCUAUUAUGAUCAGCAGAUGACAGCUAGGCAGGCUAAUGCCCUAUCCCAUCAGCUCGAGCAGUUUAACAUGAUCGAAAACGCCAUCAGCUCCAACAGCCUGUACAGCCCGUGCUCCACGCUCAACUACUCGCAGGCGGCGAUGAUGGGGCUCACCGGCAGCCACGGCAGCUUGCAGGACUCGCAGCAGCUCAACUACUCCAGCCAUGGAAACAUCCCCAACAUCAUUCUCACAGUGACAGGCGAGUCUCCUCCCAGCUUAUCAAAGGAACUGACGAGCUCUUUGGCGGGCGUGGGGGACGUCAGCUUCGACACGGAUUCCCAAUUCCCCUUGGAUGAACUCAAAAUCGACCCUUUAACCCUGGAUGGACUGCACAUGCUCAACGACCCCGACAUGGUCCUGGCCGACCCCGCCACGGAGGACACGUUCCGGAUGGACCGGCUGUGAGGCCGCGCGCGCCCCGCGCUCCGCCUCGUCCCUUCCCUCCUUUGCACUAGAAGGGGCGUCCGGGGGCGCAGGGGGAGGCCGCGGCGC